AUGAACCACCAGUAUCAGCAACCAUCUCCUACGAGAUCGCGCGACAAUAUCAACCUCGACAUGGAGUUCCUCGACGAAGAUAGACGAUCUGCCUUCAGCUGGCAGGACAUUCAGCUGGCUACGUCAACUGCAGCCGCGAGCGCACAGACACUCCGUGGCGUAGCCAAUCAGAGUUAUGCCUUUUCGCAAGGUCCUGGACUCUCGCAGACAGGCCUGCGCUCGGGCCAUGUAUACCCGCAAGAACUUGGCACCUAUUCUGUGCUUGAGGCUCUUACUCAAGAAUUCCUUGGCCCCUCGGAUCCAUACAACACCAACGGCAGUUUUUACCCAUAUACCGGAGAUGCUAGUGUGUUCAGUAACUUUGCCUUCGAUGAUUUCGGUGCUCCUUCGAUGGAUGACAGCUUCUUGACAUCGAUGCCAUUGCCUUCGCAGCCCGACUUUUUCCCGAUUCAGCCUCCGUACCCUGCAGCAGGAACGGGUUAUGCUUUCCAAACCAUUGCUCCAGCUACUGCUGCGCAGAUGAACGUGGCUGCACCACCUAACCGGCCUUCUGGUGCACGUGCCAACGCUCGUCACCGCACUGCCGAGACGCGCAUCAGCUGCACCGUUGAUGGUUGCACCAAGACCUUCCGCCGCGCUGGCGAUUACCGCCGCCACAUGCGGAAGCAUCAAGACCCUAUACUAAAGUGCAUUGUCGACGACUGUGACAUGAAGUUUUACCGCCUGGACAAACUUCGUGAUCACAUACGCCAAGGCCACAAAAUGGUCUUGUAG